UAUAAUUCUAUACUGUAAGUCAGUGCGCUGAAAAUCCACAAACGUGAUAGAGGCACCUUGUAUCCCAAUUCAGUCCAACGGUUUAAACGGAAAGACUUCAAUGUUCGUUUUAUGCACAUUUGUGAGAGCACAAUCAACAACCAAGUGUUUUUCUCUAUGAUUUUUGAAUCCCCAGAAUACUGUCAGAGCCUAGUGGGAGAUGUGCUCUCAUUUGAAACAGUAGAUAGGAUUUGCAUCUUUGAGUCGGUUAAGUGUUAUGGAGUCGAGUUCAGAAACGCAACACCUCCUGGAGGGUCAUGGGCUUCAAGAGACAACAUUGGUCUGUGAUAAGCCAACGGAAAUCCGAGAAAUUCAACACAUAAAAUUCAACUCAAGUUCAGUGCGAGCCAUCAUUUGCACCGACGAACAAGAUUCUGACGACAUGUCCAAUCAGACUUAUACAAGGGCAGAACUUCGGAAACUGGAGGAAUUGAGACGAUUAGUGGGGCAAUUGAAGGUGGAGAAUGAAUUGGAAAGGAUUAAGGUAUCCGAGGCCAGUGAGAGCUUUGUGGCGUUCAUCUUGGACUUGGAGGACAAGGAUCCACUCCUUAUGAAGAAGAAGCCUGAUUCCAUUUUCAGUUGCUUGAACUGCGUGAUUGGUUAAUUAUGAUGAAGAAUGUACUUUGUUACUUGUAUAAAACCGAUAUUUUACUGAAAUGAAUUGGAAACCUA